AUGCAGUUCCACGUGUUGCCGAAGCUAACUGUGUCACUUCCAACCGCAAGUUUCCGCAUCACGACGUGGAAUCUUCCCGAUCGUCUGCAUCUAGCCGAUCCUAAGUUCUUCGAGACAGGACCCAUCGACAUCAUCAUCGGAGCGGAAUAUUUCUUGGAGCUGCUGAAGGAGGAGAGGCAGAAGGCGACCGAAGAUGGCCCGACGCUUCAGAACACCCGCAGAUUCAAGAUCAGCUUUCGAAGUUCUGGGAAGUUAAAACUUGUACGCAGUACGUUAUCAGUCGAGGAAUCAGCAUGCAAAGAAUUCUUCGAUAGGACAACGGUCAGGAAUGAAGACGGGAGAUACGUGGUUACGUUACCGAAGAAGGAGGCGAUUAUCCAGCAGCUCGAACUGAAAAGGCAGUACGUGGAUUUCAUGCACGAAUAUUUAGCCAUGGGUCAUAUGCAGGAAAUUUUCGAAGAAGAUACGAGUGCCCCGUCAUACUACUAG